AGACAGAGCGUAGUCACAACUCUAUGCGGCACAGGCUAAGCUCUGUGACAAUGAGGCGUUUCAUGGAGGUGGCGCUGCUCCUGGUGUCCCUUGGAAACGUUGAGGGUUCAGCAACUCCGACGACACAAACCCCGGCCUCAACUGCCGCAGGUGCAACGACACUACCCACACCUGUAUCUACCAACGACCGGACUGGCGGACAAGAAUAUCCUGAGGGUGUGGGCUACCUCCUGGUAUACAUUCAUUAUUUCACGGCACCUCCUAAUUCAGUUACAGUGGCAGCUGGGGAAACAGGGGGAUCCUUUCUGGUUGAUUAUCCACAGGUGGGAUAUAACGUCACAAGGACUGUAACGCCAUACGGGAUCACUUUGGUUUACAUAGAUCCAUCAUUGUGGAUGACGGUGGGUGUGGAGAACAAGGCUUUCAUAAUCCACGUCUUUGGUGAGGACAUGGGCGUUCACGGACACUGUGGACAUGGCAUCUUUCCCCCCCUCCCGAUCUCUGCCCUAGGUUCCAGAUAUGUAGUAUCCACCUGUCUGGGAUACAAGGGCCACGUGGUGUUAGUGAUAGCUAGCAACAACCACAAGACAGACGUGGACAUCACGCUGAUGCUGGAGGGGAACGUCACCUAUGACAACAUGACCUACAACGACGGUGAUACGAUCCAUGUGACUCUAGAUGAGUAUCAGACCUUCACAAUGAAGAGUGACUAUGACCUGACUGGAACUGUAAUCAACGCAACAAACACUGUAGCUGUGUUCAGUGGGGCAAUGCGAAACGUUUACUUCACGGCCGUGACGCAACUAUUACCUGUACGACAUCAUGGGACGGAGUAUGUUAUGUAUACAGGUGACCACUCCUAUUAUAGGAACGCAACAUACCAGCUACAAGUUAUAAGUGACCAGAGCGACGCUAAAAUUAUGUUGAACAAUGGAUCUACAUUCUCUCUGGGUGACAACCGUGUAUAUCGCCAAUACCUCGCCGAUAGUGAGAGUCUAUAUCUUAAUGCCACAAGACCUGUCAUGGCAACCCUGUGUAGAAACGACCUAUAUUAUAAUGAUCAUGGGAUUGUUGUUGUAGUUCCAGUUACGUAUUUCGUGAACAGUGCAUUGAUUCCUCGGACAUACUGUAUAAACAUCCUGACUAAACAACACGUAUCAGAUAUUGAAGUAUUUACUGGUGAUAUGGUCCCUGUUACACUGGACUGGGUGGACAUCCCCGGCAGUGAUUACAAAGCGGGAAGAAAUUCUUCAUUCUUCAGUUAUUUCGUCCGCUCUGCCAGCAGGUUCGCUGUAUAUGGGUUUUCCAUAGACAUUGUUAAUGGAGGUUACCGUUUCCCUUCUGAUCCACCAACUACAGGUGCUGAUGCAGGUAAGUUGAACGACACCCUGUGUUUGGAAAAGAAUUUUACUUCUGUAUACACAUACCCUGUUUACAGUGUAGAGCUGUGUUAUUUGUACAUUGAUCCCUGCAUUGAAUUUGGAACUGAAAACACCUAUGAACAGUAUGACGCAUCUCGAUGUCAGAAUACUUACGCUUAAGUGGAAUCGCAGGUGGUGUUAAGAAACGACACUGUACCAAUGUCUGCCCCAGUGUCGCAAAAUAACAUCCACCUACCCAGCAUUACCCAGCAACCCCACUCAACGCCCCGUCCCGUCCCUCCCCUGGAGAAGUUUUACUGGUACAGGCUCAUCACCAGAAGGCUAAUUCGUCGGACAUUCAUGUUAUUCCAGCCCCCACCUGCAUAAAGUAUCUCCAUAUUUGCUUAUGCAUAUAUUGUUUCUGUUGGUUUAACUAGUUUUAUUCCCAUAUUUUAACUAGUAAUCUUAAUGCUUAAUUUAUCUUGUAGAAACCUGUUUGUUUACAAACAUAUUUAAAAUACAUUAUUUGCAAUGUUUUGUUUAAACGAAUAUGUUUAUGUGCCCGAUAUAUAAGUUUGUACUAUUCUUUAUUCUACAAAAUGAUAUAUUUUUGUGUAUGAUUACAUGUUCAGUUUGAAAUGCAUGAGCGAAACAAUCUACAAUCACAAAAAAGGAUCUGAGACAUGCACGUCUCCAUUGUGAUAUUUGUGAACUACCUUAAUAGCUCGGGAGUAGGUAAGACAAUUCAUCUGCAAUUCUUUGUGAGCGUUCUUGAUACAUAUAAUGUCUUCAUCUCAUUUUGAUUGUUCAGAUUUCAAUAACAUUAAGAGGGCAUCGUGACUGAAUGUUUGUGAAGUGAUGAAAGAGAAUGUGUACGUUCAAUUAUCAAUUACACCUACCUCAACGUUUGUCGUCCUAUGUCACUGACCUCUAACCACGGAAAUCAUUUUGCAUCCGUCUUUUUAAUCGUCAAGACUUUUAGGGCGGGCUUGUGUAGGCUAUAAAUCGCCAAUGCUUCACGGGCUUGCAUAUUCCACGAACCCUUAAUGCUACACGGGCUUGUAUACGCUAUAAAUUGUCAAUGCUACAUGGGCUUGCAUAUACUAUAAACCCUCAAUGCUACACGUGUUUGUAUACGCUAUAAGUUGUCAAUGCCACACGGGCUUGUAUAUGCUAUGAAUCGUCAUUGCUACAUGGGCUUGUAUAUGCUAUAAAUAGUCAAUGCUACAUGUGUUUGUAUACGCUAUAAGUUGUCAAUGCUACAUGGGCUUGUAUAUGCUAAAAACCCUCAAUGAUACAUGGGCUUGUAUAUGUUAUAAAUCGUCAAUGCUAUACGGGCUUGUACAUGCUAUACUUUUGCAACGCUUUCCUGACUUGCAAACACCACACUGCACGUGUACCGUGUGUUUCUCUGCUUUACCUAUUAUUAAAUAAACACAUAUUUCAAUUGUAUAUCAUGUUAGCCUUACAAGGCCGUGUUGUAUUUUCCUAUUGAAUAUUGGUAUUUGAAUAUAAUAAUUAAGUAAGAGACUUUUGUAAUUGAACUGUUUCCAAUAAUCACUCAGAUUGAUAAUAUUGAAUUUUUAACAUAAAUACUAUUCAACUUUGUUUUCUUCUCUCCACAACCAUCUUGUUCUUUAGAAUGUACAAGUGUUGCUGCAAAGGUAAUAUGAUUUAGUUUAUUUAUAGUACACCCUUUAUAUGCAUUGUUUGUAGAUCUCAUUCCGACCGUUUACAUUAUUAUAAUAAUCUGACUCGUAUAUUCUAUACUGUGUCCGCAAUCAGAUAUCAAAUCAUAUAUAAUAAUGUGAACAGUUACAUAUAAAGUAUACACUUACAGUAUAGUACAGUGGAACCCUUUAUUUACCAGGCGAUGAAAUAUUCGUGUCAACGAAUCAUUGGUUGGGAGUUACGUAGUUAUCACUAGUCUCGGCCACUUAUCUGCUGGUCCGAGACUAGUGAUGGAUUGUAAGGACUGGUGAUGUUAUACAAACAACUUGUUUGAAAUGAAUAGUGGACUGCUUGGAUUGAGCUCGUGACAUCUACUGUUAUACACCUGGGGAAAAGUUAAACGUCACUCUUUUUCAGUUUAAUAGUUCGUCAUGUUUAGAUUAUAUCUACACGUGACAUUAAUCUCAUUUUGAUGCGGAUACCUGCUUGUGGGUUGAACAAGGACAAUGCAUGCUUCUCCAGAUGACUGCAAGAUGGUUGUAUCGUAUUGUAUGGUUCACAGAAACAGAAGAGUGAACGGGUUGUAAAAUGACUCUUGCCAUGGGUCCUUCACAUGCCUAACAUUUCCUCAGGCUCAGUUGUGUACAAAAAUGGCAGCGUAUCAGAAUGCGUCCAGAAGGUCCGGACUGAGGGGGGUCCGGACUGAUGGGUGUCCGGUCUGAUAGGGUCAGGUCUGUUGGGGACAUGUCUGAAGUGACAUGGCAGUAAAUUGCUUGUUUAGACAUAAUGGGCAAUGUUCAGCAGUUACUUCACAUGCACUGUAGAACCACAAGGAUUCAACUGUUCAAUAUAUAGAUUAUGUUAUCUGUUGAUCAAAGUCCCCUUCUCUCGCAGUACUUGCUAUAUGUUUAAUAUUGUGUAUAUAUUUUAGUUUUUCCAAGACACAUGGACUUGAAAGUCGAAAUUUGUGAAAUUUGUCUUAACCUCUGAGCGCUGUGAUGUAAAUGUGGAGUGGACUCCGUAUCUCAAGGAAUGUGAUUGUUUCCCCUUUCUUGCUGAUUGUUUGUUGUUUUGAUCAAAGCCUACAAUAAUGGUGUAUUUCUAUGUUAAAUUUGUUUACUUGUUUGAUUGUUAGUUGUUUAACGUCGCACGGGAAUCUGGACCAGACAAUCAUGUGAUUGCCACCAUGAGCAUCCAUCCAUGCAAUUGGGAUACGGUAACAUGUAUCAGCCAGCCAGCGAACCUGAUAACAGAUGCCGUUAGUCGCCCCUGACAAGCAUGGUCUGAUGAAGACCCAUUCUAUCCCGGAUCUACACUUGGGAUUCUCCAAGACACAUGAGCUUGAAGAUCGAAAUUUGUGAAAUGGCCUAAACCUCUGGACACUGAUGUACAUUUGCUGUAGAUUUGACACGGAAUGUGACUGUUUCCCCCGUUCAUGUUGAUUGUUUGUUGUUUCACUUAAAGUGUAUAACAAUGAAGCAUGUCUUUGUGUAUGACUGUUUCUGUUUGUUUGUUGUUGAACUGCGCUCUGGAGACGGGAUCAGACAGUCCAGUGAUUGACAUCAUGAACAUUGAUCUAGGCAAUUUGGUACGAUGACAUGCAUCAACUAAGUUAGCAAGACUGACACACGAUCCCGUCAGUCGCCCCUCAUGAGAAGCAUUUGCUAUGGACUUGGCACCGAAUAUAUUUCCCCAUUCAUGUUGAAGUGUAUAACAAGGAAUCAUAUCUAUGUGUAUGGCUGUUUCUGUUUGUUUGUUUUUGAACUCCGCACUGUCGCCCCUUAUGACGAACACGGGUUUCUUAAGACCCAUUCUAACCCGGAUCUUUACGGGAGUAUGUAUGUUUCCAGAGGCUACAGAUGUAUUAGUUGCUGUCGUCAAAUGGGAUAAAUCAACUUCGGUUAUAAAGAACAUGACAAAA